GAGCAUUGAGCAGUUCCACAAGAUUUUUCUUUGAGUCGUUGGCUUGCGAAGUUCCCAAAGGGAAAACGGAAGGCGGAAAGCGCAUUCGUGUACAAGUUUUUCUCUCUCUCGGUGGGGAGCGUGAAAAGCGAGCAAGGUGGGCCAGGCCACAAAAGCCGUUCCGAAGAAAAUUUUUCAUUCACAGAUUUUCCGUGUUUAAUUCGCCGCGCGAGUUUGUGGACAAAAGUCGCCAAGUUCCGUCUUUUUGUCUGGUCGCGCGAUCCGGGCGUUUUCUGCAGUCCAAUUGACGGUUUUUUGCAGUCGCAUUCUCCUCUGGCUGUCACUCAAAUUGGGAAAAGUUGUUUGAGGAGGAAAUAAAUAGGAAAUAAAUUAUCUCAAGUCGCUUCCGAUUGCGACGAUUGUUUUGGUUCUGGCGGAGCAGUUGGGGUGCGAGUGUUUUGUGCUCAUUAUCGUGGAUUGUGCUGCACAAUUAGCGCGAAACUGGCCGCGAAUUAUGUGAAAAGUGUCUGGGAAGCUAUGUCGGAGGAAUGAAGUCGCUUUAUGGUUGCAAAAAGUGUCGCCUUGUGCAUCUCUGAUAUUGCGGGAAGUGGCAGCAGUCGAGUGUAGGGCGGUGGCGCCUAAGCCGCGAAAAUAAAAACAUUUUGAAAUGUGUGGUUGCGUGUUAUUUAGUGUUUGAUGUGGAUCGCAAUUUGCAAAAUGAUUGACUCGUCUCUAACUCAGGUGAUCGCAGCAACAGAAUAGAAGCAAAAGUGAUUUGAGUGCUGAAAAGUUGAAUCAAUCGUUCGUAGACGAACGGCACGGAGUUUACUACUUGCAACUGGGCUACCACACCCCCGAGAAAAUGGAUAAAUUGACGAAGGUGGAGAAGAACGCGGGCAGCAUGAGCGGCAAGCCGGUGCCCAUGAAACUAUUUGCAGCCUGGGAAGUGGACCGGACCCCGCCGAACUGCAUACCAAGAUUAUGCUCCCUAACAAUAACGCGUCUCUCCUUACAAAUGCCAUUACCACCUGAUUUAACUUCCGUAUCGCUGGCAGUAAAAAUGCAAAGCUCAAAGAGGACUCUCAGGUCACAUGAGAUUCCAGUGAUGGCUAUCCAACAGGCUCAUGUAGCAGCACAGGGAAAUUCAGUGACUACUUCGCUUGGAACGCAAACACUAGGCUCAAGCGCAAAUAUAGUGUCAACAGGCAGUAGUGUUUUUGGAAGUUCUCUAACUAAUAAUGCCGCUCUUUUGGAAACUGAUCUCGAUUUACACUUCAGCUUGCAAUAUCCUCAUUUUAUUAAACGUGAUGGUAACAGACUGUUGAUUUUACUUCAACGACGUAAGAAAUACAAAUCUCGCACAAUAUUGGGUUAUAAGACCCUAGCUGAAGGUGUUAUUCGCAUGGAUGCGGUUUUACAGAAAUCCAUGGACAUGACUGUUGAACUUGUGACUUCUAGCAAGAAUGGUCGACCUGGUACAACAGUUGCUACGUUACGAGCGGAACGUGUCUCAUCCAUUCCAGUCGAUCAAGACAAUAAAAAUAAUAAUAGUGUACUACUAACAGAUCGGGUGACUGAAUAUUCGGACGAAGAUGAAGAAGGUGAAUUCAGUUCCGGGGAAGAUAACGACGAUGGUACCGAUGUUGGUCUCAACAGUUACGAUGGAAAACGUAGCUAUGCCUCAAAACACGAAAUGAGGAAGUACAGGAAGUUGGAACGAUCUGAAAAUGAUGUGGAGGAUGUUGGUGCAAAUCCCCCGGACAGUGAUAGUGAAUUUGAGAUUAAGGAGAAAGGCUCACGUGCCAAAAUCAGCAGACAACGAAAUUUUAAACAAAAAAUUGUUGCGCUGCUGAAACGUUUCAAAGUGUCGGAAGAAUUGGAUGGUGGUGUAAGUCGUGGAGCCGGCGCGUUACGUGGUGAGCGGGAUUUAGAUGCAUUGUUUCAGGAGCUAGAAUCUCUAUCAUGUGGCGAAGGAGAUGAUUCUGGCCCAGAUUUGGACAGUUUGUCUGUGGGAUCAACCCCGAAACCCUCAUUGCGACCUUUUUUCUCAAAUUCCAGAAGCAUGUUGCACGAUAACAUCACGGGAAAGGAAAGACGACGUGCAUCUGAUAAGGGUGAAAUGACAGAUAAGAAAACCAUUACCGCUACCACGCCAGAUCGUAGUGGUCCUGAAUGGAGAAAUGAUAGUUCUGGAAAUGAAGGCAAUGCCGGCAAUACAGAUCCAGAAGCUCAGAAUUCAGAUCCACAAAAUACUGGUAGCCCACCACGUGAAAAAGAUAUAAGCAAUAAUACGGCAUCCGUUACAUCCACCGAGAAGCGAAGUCGAUUAUUUCGAACGUCAAGCAGUACACCCAACACGAAAAAGAAGCAAUCCUUGAGCUUGUCAUCGGAACCCAAGUCAGUAUUAGAGACAUGUUUGUCUCCAACUAAUGUGGAGCCGCGAAAAUCUUUACUGGAGCAAUUGACACGAGUAUUUUCAAUGGAGGAGCAAAUUCUUCCUGAUGUUGUGACAAUAAUUAGUCCGCCGGAAGCGUAUAGUAGCAGCAUACUAUCACGAAUAAAUACUAUUUUGGGAACGUCAUUUCGGCCGGCAUUCCAACCACAAAAUACGGCUGAAGUGAAGGCUGUUCUUCAAGCUCUCAUGAAUAAAAUCCAGAAAUACUGCAAUUCAACUGCGAAACCACCAGCUACCAUCAAAGUCUUGUUAUUAGGAGGUGAUUGGCUACAAGGAUCAGUUUUGCGACAUUAUGUUGAUUUACUGGGAGUUCGACCACCGGAUUGGGUGAAUCACUUACGUUUCUAUAUGGUUCCAAUUGGAACAAGUUCAAUAUCGCGAUAUUUGAGUGCUGUGGAUCAAUCAUAUUGUGCCAUGUUCGGAACGGAAAGUUGGCAACAAUUGUGUGAUCGUGCUUCCUCGUCGGAUAGCACUUCAGCAAAGGCUGAUAUUUUGGAAUUGACAAAUCGAAUACAACGAUAUCUCCAUACGGCUGGCCCCUGUACACAGAUUCCAAUUGCUGAAGCUAUGGUUAAUUACAAAGAUGAAGAUUCUUGUCAAAUAUUUGUUCCAUUUGUUAGUGACGUAAGGAUUGGUUUUCUUGAUGGACCACAAUUAUCACUUGAUCUCGAAGAAAGUUCUGCAUCAGCGUUGUUACAACAAACCAACUCCGCUAGCAACAUACUCUCCAGUUCGCCACCAGCAAGCGGACGAACAUCGCCGCCGCUUCCAUUGACUCCGUCGCAGCAGCAGCAACAACAACAACAGCUCCCACAACAGCAAUCGAGUCAACAAGCUCAAGAAUCCGUGGAACUGCAAAUUGACUAUUGGCCAGUAACACGUAUUGGCGAUACCAAAGACAAAUUGCUGAUGAAAGGCAGUGAUCAGGGCAAGAAUAGUAUUAAAAGCACGUUCAGGAAUUUACAAGUUUGGCGAAUUCCGCACAGUUUACAAUUGGGCGAAAUCCCGAAUGGUCUGACAGUAUGUUUUGCAACUAAAGAGAAGAAGCAGAAAAUUAUGAGACUUGGUAAAAAGAAGGAGAAAGACAAGGAACAAGAGAAGGAGCAAUGCGUUGAAGGCGUGGCAAGACUGAUUUGUUCUCCGAAACAAUCUCAUCCAGUGCCAUUAAGAGUUUAUAUCGAUGGUACUGAAUGGACUGGCGUGAAAUUCUUUCAACUAUCAUCACAAUGGCAAACUCAUGUUAAAAAUUUCCCAGUGGCGCUUAUCGGUGCCACAUUAUCAUGUUCCGAUCUAGCCUAGUCAUUUUAACUUGAUAGCAACAAUGAUAAUUAUCAUUAAAAAAAAAUACAUAUUAACUAUAUUUUUAAUUCAUCUUCUUGUUCAAGUUGUAAACUAAAAGGAAACGUAGUAGAAAUGAACACAAAAAUCAAAGUAAAUAUCUUACAGUUUAAAAGGAUGAUAAUAAUUGAUAACGUCUUAAUGUUGUUAAUAAAAACAAAUAGCGGAUAGUCAUGAUAGCAACUCAGAAUUCUCUAUAAACUACCAUAAUGCAAUAACUACCACCAUAAACAAAAUAUCACUUUCACCACCACAAUAAUUGUACACUUUAUAAUUCAAUACUUGUGUAUUUUUCAGAAGAUUUAUUUUUAAAUCAUAGUUUUUUAUAUUAAUUUGAACAUAUAAACAAAUUGUAAUAUAUUUUCGAUAAAAUCAAUAUUCCCUGGAUGCAUACAUAAAUAAUGAAGAUUGAGAAAAAAUAGUAUUUUAUAUAUCUUAGACACUCGAUCCCCUUUGUGUGUUUCUAUUUUAGUUACUUCGCUAAGAUAAUAUUGUGCAUAAUUCUUGAUAGUCUAGUGAUGAUUUUUUAAACAAAAUUACGUAAAACACUUUUUUAUUGUUGAAAUUCCCGACAUGAUAAUUGUAUAUUUAUGAUUGAUCUCCCCAAAUUUUUCUGAUUUUACAAUGUGAACGCGAAACGUAAAGAAACAAUAACAGAAACGAUCAGGGUUUUGUAUUGCAAUAAUCCUUCAAGACUAAAUUGCUCGUUCACAGAAGCAUUGAAUUCAAAUGGAUAUAAUAAGAACUAGGCAAAUUAGUAAAUAGCAUAAUGAAAAUGAACAUUGAAACAUAAAAAUGUUUUGUUUGUUGUCUCGCGAAUCGAAAACAAGAAAGAAACAAUUUUAGCAAAUAAUCAGCGUUUUAAAACGGAGUUAUAAGUUGAAUGAGGAUGAAAUUGGACUGAGAUGAAUCCUUGGAUCUUUUUUAAACUCGUUUUUGUCAUGGAUUUUGAAUACGUAAUAUCAUACACGUAUAUAACUCUAGUUCUAUACCUUCGAAUAUUUUACAAAGGAUCGUUAUCUGCAAAUUACUACAACUGAAAUGGAUCUUAAUUAUAUGCAAAACCUCGCAAUAUAUUUUGUGACUAAUUUUCAGGGUUAUAACCAACUUUAUGUUUUGAUCACUCAAAACAUUCGGGCGGAUUUGAUAUGUUUCCUCAUUGAGCUACAAGCCAAGAUAAGAUCUCCUCGAUCGAAGUUUGAAUGUAUUUCUUUAGGAGUUCGUGGUGCAAAUAAAUGAGUUUGUCGAAACGUUUCUCUAUUGAAAUACAAGACUCAUCAAAACAGCUUUGUGUUCAAAUUUUGCAAAAAUGUUAUUCCAUUUCAAUGAUCCAAGCCAUAUAACAAUCAAAUAUUUUUUUUAUCUUGUCGCUUGUCUAUCUCAGAUUUUACACUUUAUUACCUCUUUGCAGUUCGAUCCAAUAAAGUUACGGGCGAUCCUUGAUUAUUCGAUAAUAAUUAGAUUAAACAAAACCCAAGAUUGAUAAAUUAAAAUAUUAUUAAUCCAAGAAUUGAACUAAACAAAGCAGAUAUAUAAAAACAGCAUAAUUGUUUAAUAAAUUGAAACCUAGACUUAAAAUUGAUUAUCAGCGAAAGUUCGAGAAAAAUACAAUUUAAAAUUAUACAUAAAAAUACAUAAGUAUCAAUACUUAAGAUUGUAUGUAAAAUCAAAACGAAAAGGAGAUUGUGUGAGAUUACCAGCAACAAACGGGAUGUAUUAAGGCAUAGUCAGUGAAAAGAAACAGUGAACUCCCGUGGGUAAUCUAUAAAAAAAAUUACAUUUGGUUGUGAUAUAUAUUUAAAAAAGUGUUUUUGUCUGUGCGAAAGUGUAUGAAUGCUUUUAAUUUAAUUAAGAAUACACUACAAAGAGCAAAACACAUUGAAAUAUAGUAAAUCAAAUUAAUAUCAAUCAGCGAAA